AUUAGCGGCGAGAUGGAUAGGACCGACCUGGUGCAGAAAGCCAAGCUUGCUGAGCAAGCCGAGCGCUACGAUGACAUGGCGGCCGCCAUGAAACAGGUGACGGAGCAGAACAAGGACCUGACCAACGAGGAGCGCAACCUACUGUCCGUGGCCUACAAGAAUGUGGUGGGAGCUCGUCGUUCAUCUUGGCGCGUGAUCUCCAGCAUCGAGCAAAAGACUGAGGGCAACGAGAAGAAGCAGCAGAUGGCUCGCGAUUACCGCGUCAAGAUCGAGGCGGAGCUCAAGGAUAUCUGCAACGACGUGCUGGGUUUGCUGGACAACUUCCUGGUCAUGAACGCCAAGCUGCCGGAGAGCAAAGUGUUCUACCUCAAAAUGAAAGGCGACUACUUCCGCUACUUGUCGGAGGUGGCGUCGGCCGAGGACAAGAAGGAGACGGUGGGCAACUCCAACGAGGCUUACAACGCCGCUUUCGAAAUCAGCAAGAAAGAGAUGCAGCCCACGCAUCCCAUCCGGCUGGGCCUGGCCCUAAACUACUCAGUCUUCUACUACGAGAUCCUCAACUCGCCCGAGCAGGCCUGCACUCUGGCCAAGCAGGCUUUCGACGAGGCUAUCGCUGAGCUGGACACCCUGAACGAGGACUCCUACAAAGACAGCACGCUUAUCAUGCAGCUACUAAGGGACAACCUCACUCUGUGGACAUCAGAAAACCAGGGCGACGAGGCGGAGGCCGGCGAGUGCGAGAACUAG